CGCGGCUCCCGGCACGGACCCCUGCGUUUGUUUACGUCUAGGGGAGCGCCCCGGUGCUACCCGCAAACCCCGUAACUGCCCCGCUCUUUUGUGUGCCUGCGCGAGUGGCGCGGACCUGCCCCUCCGCGGCUGGGGAACCCCGCGGGGGUGCUUUGGGGAAACUUGGCUGGGGUGGGCGCCCCGGACGCAGUGCCGGUGGGUCGCGGAUCCUGGGACCGCCUGGCGGGCGUGGGUGCAGGAGUAGCGGGAGGAGGGCUGGAACUUUCCCCGAGUUCAGGCCCCGCGCUGCGCUCGGGCGCGCCGGCUGCCCUGGUGGGGGGCGCUUUCUCCCCGCCGCGGGUCCGGUAGGCCCUCGCCGUGGGCCCGGGAGCUCGGGCGGUCCCCAGUGACCUGUCGCCCGCUCCCCUCCGGCCUCUCCUCUGAGGUCCUGCCCGCUCUGCUGGGUCUGUGGGUGCAAUGGAGCGCGCGGCGGGACCGCUCCGAGAUGCUUUCCCGGGUCGGGUUCUCGAAAGCAAAGCCCGUGGGGCCCCUGUGGUCUGUGGCGUGCCAGGCGGUGGUUCGCGCGCCGAGCCCCGGUCGCCGUGCGGGGAUCGUGUCGGGGCUCCCCAUCCCGUGCCUAAGCUGCCGCCGUGUCCAGGGGGCGCGUUCCUGCCUGCCACCCCUCACCCAGAGGAGCGACGCGCCCUCGGGGUCCGUCCCGCACGUGCCAGCCUCGCGCUCGCUGCUUCUGGACAGCCCCGGGACUCUGCCAGGUGGAUGUUGUGCGUAGCCGGAGCCAAGUUGAAGAGAGAACUCGAUGCCACCGCAACAGUAUUGGCAAACCGGCAAGAUGAAAGCGAGCAGUCCAGAAAGCGGCUUAUCGAGCAGAGCCGAGAGUUCAAGAAGAACACUCCAGAGGAUUUGCGUAAGCAGGUAGCACCGCUGCUGAAGAGCUUCCAAGGGGAGAUUGAUGCACUGAGUAAAAGAAGCAAAGAAGCCGAGGCAGCCUUCUUGAAUGUCUACAAAAGAUUGAUUGAUGUUCCAGACCCAGCGCCAGCUCUGGAUCUCGGGCAGCAGCUCCAGCUCAAAGUGCAGCGCCUGCACGACAUCGAAACAGAGAACCAGAAACUUAGGGAAACUCUUGAAGAGUACAACAAGGAAUUCGCAGAGGUGAAAAAUCAAGAGGUUACGAUAAAAGCACUUAAAGAGAAAAUCCGAGAAUAUGAACAGACUCUGAAGAACCAAGCAGAGACUAUAGCUCUCGAAAAGGAACAAAAGUUACAAAAUGACUUUGCAGAAAAGGAGAGGAAGCUGCAAGAGACCCAGAUGUCUACCACCUCGAAGCUGCAGGAGGCGGAACAUAAGGUUCAAACUCUGCAAACAGCCCUGGAAAAAACUCGAACAGAAUUAUUCGACCUGAAAACCAAAUAUGAUGAAGAAACUACUGCAAAGGCUGACGAGAUUGAAAUGAUCAUGACGGACCUCGAAAGAGCAAACCAGAGGGCAGAGGUGGCGCAGAGAGAGGCAGAGACCCUCAAGGAGCAGCUCUCGUCAGCCAACCACUCUCUCCAGCUGGCCUCGCAGAUCCAGAAGGCUCCGGAUGUGGAGCAGGCCAUAGAGGUGCUGACCCGUUCCAGCCUGGAAGUUGAGUUGGCCGCCAAGGAGCGGGAGAUCGCCCAGCUAGUAGAGGACGUGCAGAGACUCCAGGCCAGCCUCACCAAGCUGCGUGAGAACUCAGCCAGUCAAAUCUCCCAGCUCGAGCAGCAGCUGAGUGCCAAGAACAGCACGCUCAAGCAACUGGAAGAAAAACUCAAAGGCCAGGCUGACUAUGAAGAGGUGAAGAAAGAGCUGAAUAUUCUGAAGUCCAUGGAGUUUGCGCCAUCGGAGGGAGCUGGGACACAGGACGCAGCCAAGCCUCUGGAGGUGCUGCUGCUGGAGAAGAACCGCUCACUGCAGUCCGAGAACACUGCGCUGCGCAUCUCCAAUAGCGACCUGAGCGGGUCAGCCAGGAGAAAAGGGAAAGACCAGCCUGAGAGUCGGCGCCCUGGACCUUUGCCGGCCUCCCCUCCUUCUCAGUUGCCCCGCAACACAGGGGAGCAGGUUUCCAAUACUAAUGGUACACACCAGUUCUCACCAGCGGGGUUAAGUCAAGACUUUUUCAGCACAUCCCUGGCAAGCCCCAGCCUCCCCCUGGCUUCUACAGGAAAAUUUGCACUAAACUCUCUCCUCCAACGACAACUAAUGCAGUCCUUCUACUCCAAGGCCAUGCAGGAAGCAGGAAGCACAAGCAUGAUUUUUUCAACAGGUCCAUACAGCACAAACUCCAUAUCUUCCCCAAGUCCAUUACAACAAAGCCCAGAUGUAAAUGGCAUGGCCCCAUCUCCCAGCCAGUCAGAGAGUGCUGGGAGCAUCUCCGAGGGCGAGGAGAUAGACACUGCAGAAAUCGCCCGGCAGGUCAAAGAGCAGUUGAUCAAGCACAAUAUUGGACAGCGCAUUUUCGGACAUUAUGUCUUGGGACUGUCUCAAGGGUCUGUGAGCGAGAUUCUGGCCCGGCCCAAGCCAUGGAAUAAACUGACCGUGCGUGGCAAGGAGCCCUUUCACAAGAUGAAGCAGUUCCUCUCGGAUGAGCAGAACAUCCUGGCCCUGCGCAGCAUCCAAGGCAGACAAAGAGAGAAUCCAGGCCAGAGCCUGAACAGACUAUUUCAGGAAGUACCGAAACGAAGAAGUGGGUCUGAAGGUAACAUCACCACCCGGAUCCGAGCCUCAGAGACUGGUUCCGAUGAAGCAAUCAAGUCCAUCCUGGAACAAGCCAAAAGGGAGCUCCAAGUGCAGAAAACUGCAGAGCCAGCCCAGCCUUCGUCCACAUCCAGCAGCGGCAACUCCGACGACGCCAUCCGCUCCAUCCUGCAGCAAGCCCGCCGAGAAAUGGAGGCCCAGCAGGCCGCCCUUGACCCUGCCUUAAAACCAUCACCUCUGUCCCAGACGGACAUUGCCAUCCUGACCCCCAAGUUACUGUCCACCUCGCCCAUGUCCACCGUGUCCAGCUACUCUCCUCUCACUGUCUCCCUGAAGAAGCCCCCUGCAGCUCCCGAAGCCAGUGCAUCUGCUCUGCCCAACCCCCCGGCCCUCAAAAAGGAGGUCCAGGAGGCCCCCGCGCUAGACCCCCAGGGUGCAGCUGAUGCCACGCAGGGGGUUCUGAGACAUGUGAAAAAUGAGCUGGGCCGCAGCGGCGUCUGGAAGGACCACUGGUGGAGCACAGUCCAGCCAGAGAGGAGGAAUGCCGCAGCUUCCGAGGAGGCCAAGGUCGAAGAAGCCAGUGGUGGGAAAGAGAAGGGUGGCGGCAGCCAGCCACGGGCCGAGCGCAGCCAGCUCCAGGGACCCUCAUCAUCCGAGUACUGGAAAGAGUGGCCCAACGCCGAGUCCCCAUACUCCCAGAGCUCGGAACUGAGUCUGACCGGAGCCAGUCGCAGCGAGACACCCCAGAACAGCCCUCUGCCUUCCUCCCCUAUCGUGCCCAUGGCAAAGCCUACCAAGCCUUCAGUCCCUCCACUGACCCCCGAGCAGUAUGAGAUCUACAUGUACCAGGAAGUGGACACCAUCGAGCUCACCCGGCAGGUUAAGGAGAAGCUGGCCAAGAAUGGCAUCUGUCAGAGGAUCUUCGGGGAAAAGGUUCUGGGCCUGUCCCAGGGCAGUGUCAGUGACAUGCUGUCCAGGCCGAAGCCAUGGAGCAAGCUGACCCAGAAAGGCCGAGAACCCUUCAUCCGGAUGCAGCUCUGGCUGAACGGCGAGCUGGGCCAGGGUGUCUUGCCCGUCCAAGGGCAGCAGCAAGGGCCAGUCCUCCAUUCCGUGACAUCACUACAGGACCCCCUACAGCAGGGCUGUGUGAGCUCAGAAAGCACUCCAAAGACCUCCGCCAGCUGCAGCCCCGCCCCCGAGUCCCCAAUGAGUUCCAGUGAAUCCGUGAAAAGCUUGACGGAGCUGGUCCAGCAGCCCUGUCCCCCCAUUGACACGAGUAAGGAUGGCAAGCCUCCAGAGCCCAGCGACCCUCCGGCCUCCGACUCCCAGCCCGCAACCCCGCUGCCUCUCUCAGGACACUCGGCCCUCAGCAUUCAAGAACUAGUGGCCAUGUCACCAGAGCUGGACACCUACGGCAUAACCAAGCGGGUCAAGGAGGUGCUGACAGACAACAACCUUGGUCAGCGGUUAUUUGGGGAGACCAUCUUAGGGCUCACCCAGGGCUCCGUUUCCGACCUCCUUGCCCGCCCGAAGCCCUGGCAUAAGCUCAGUCUGAAGGGACGGGAGCCCUUUGUCCGGAUGCAGCUGUGGCUGAAUGACCCUAACAACGUGGAGAAGCUGAUGGACAUGAAACGGAUGGAGAAGAAAGCCUACAUGAAGCGGCGGCACAGCUCAGUCAGUGACAGCCAGCCCUGCGAGCCCCCCUCCGUUGGCAUUGACUACAGCCAGGGCGCCAGCCCCCAGCCCCAGCACCAGCUGAAGAAGCCGCGGGUGGUGCUGGCUCCUGAAGAGAAAGAAGCUCUGAAACGAGCCUAUCAGCAAAAGCCAUACCCGUCACCAAAAACCAUCGAAGAACUCGCCACCCAGCUCAACUUGAAAACCAGCACUGUCAUCAACUGGUUCCACAAUUACAGGUCUCGGAUCCGCAGAGAACUGUUCAUUGAGGAAAUUCAGGCCGGAAGCCAGGGCCAGGCCGGCGCCAGCGACUCGCCGUCGGCCCGAAGCGGCCGGGCAGCGCCCAGCUCGGAGGGCGACAGCUGCGACGGCGUGGAGGCCGCCGAGGGCCCGGGCGCCGCCGAAGCCGAGGAGUCGGGCGGCCCUGCGGCCGCCGCCAAGUCUCAGGGAGGGCCGGUCGAAGCGGAGCGCGAGGAGGCGCCGCGGCCGGCGGAGAAGGCGGAGCCGCCGCCCUCGGGGACCCCAGGCUCGGACGACGCUGACGACCGGGGCCGGCCCGGGCCACCCGCCGAGGCCCCCGCCGACGACGGCCCGGGGCCCGUGCCAAACCCCGCCACCGCGCCUGCGGCCGGGGAGGACGCCGCUACCUCAGCCGCCCCGCCCGGGGAGGGCGCCCCGAGGAGUUCCGCGUCUCCCAGCACCAGCGCGCCCGCGCCCGCCCGCAGGCCCAGCUCGCUGCAGAGCCUCUUCGGCCUCCCCGAGGCGGCGGGCGCCCGGGACUCGCGGGACAACCCCUUGAGGAAGAAGAAGGCCGCGAACUUGAACAGCAUAAUCCACCGCCUCGAGAAGGCCGCCAGCCGGGAGGAGCCCAUCGAAUGGGAGUUCUGAGGGCGCCGCCCGCCCGCCCCAGCCGGCUGAGCAGCUCCGUGCGGCUCCGUCCCGCUCCGCUCCGCGCCGGAGUCUCAAGGGGCCGGGCGGAGUCUCGUGGGGCUGGGCGGAGUCUCGCGGGCAGGGGCGGCGCCGACUCUAGCACGGACCGAGUUGCGCACUUACCGCCCUGCGGGCCACAGGGCAAAAUCGCCAUAGGCCAAGGUGCAUAUAGAAACAAAGGAGCAUUAAGCCCAAUCUAUGUCGUGUUUUCAAGGAAGAAAACGGAAAUGUGUAGUCGAGCUUUUUUGUACCCUGAAGUGUUUUUUUUAUUGCCCUAAGUGGUUUCCACAGGUUCUGGAAUAACUCUUACAGCUUUGCCUUGCGCCCUCCUCUUUCGUGUGGGCUUAAAAAAAAAUCAAACCCACAUAUUAAAAGGGGGCUUUUUAUCUGCCAUCUAAUGGCUUCAGAGCGAUAAUACACUAUUAUCUUCUUAAACCAGGAAAAAGGGGGGGGGAGAUUUUUCAGAAAAAAAAAUUUAAAAAGAAAGUUUUUGUAGCUGUUCAGUUGCCACUAAGAGAUUGCACAGUCAAACCGACUCUAAACACACUAGUUUGGAUUCCUAAAUAUUUUCAAGAAAAGAAUCUUCUCGUUUGAAACUUUGAAUUAAAAUAAAACACAUUUACUCCACAUAUUUUUUAACAAAAAGAAAAGUCACAUCAGGAAAAUAUCUGAUUUUGUGGUAGCUGGCGUAGUGUUUUCUUGUAAGUGAAUAGAAUUCUGACAUGUAGUGCACAUUGAUCCAUAGCUUUAACUGACUCUGGGCUUUUGCUGACCAGGGUUUGUUUAAUACACUCCAUUCUAGGCCAAAUCAGGACAAAAAGAAAAGAUCCGAAUCUAGGUAUUUUAUAAUCUGCUUUUUAACCUCUAACCGCAGAGCACGCUGAUCAGACCUCAUAUCUCGGAGGUUUAGGAGACAAGUUAGAACUGUAGCAUGUACACGUUCAUUUUGUUUAAUUUAUGGUGUCUACGUCUGUGUUCGUGCGUCUGCACGUCUGCGAGCAUUGAAAGGAGGAAAGAGUAGGCCGGCAAGGUCACAGCAGGCAGUUCUGGGGCCAGAUGGUCCCCGGCCCAUGUAGACAGCAGUCUACAGGUCUUUCCUUGGCACAGAAGGCACCUCACCUCACACCACUCUCCUGGGCGCCUGAUGGACUGAGUCCUCCCAGGGGAAGAGGCUCCCUGGGCCUGGGCAGGGCUCGCACGCACUCUCUCUUUCUCUUUCUUCCCACCACAAGCACUGAUGACCCUGAUGAACUCGUGGGAAGCCUCCUUCCCUGCAGAAGAGAGAACGUGGCAGUCUGGGCUCCGCUCCCACCCCCGUAGAGAUGGCCCAAACUCACACCAAAACGUUGAUGCUCUUCACUUCCAGACCAGACCAUUUGCCCUUCAUUCAUUUCUCCUCUUGGAAAGUUCUUUUAUGCACAGUUUAGGGCAGUCUAAGUAUAAAUCAGAAGUCUAACUUGUCUCUGAUUCCUCCUGUUGUCUAUGUGUAUAUGCGUGAGAAUAGAGGUGGGUGAGCGUGUGCGUGUGUGCGUGUGUGCAAUUUUAUACGUCUGUGUAUUUUCUUAAGUACCUGUGCACACAUAGAGUGCAUUACUGCCACCUUUUUUCAAUAAGCUGUUUUAUCAGUUAUGGCUUCUACAAGUUUGCUAAUUUAGACUCCUUUAUUGCCAUAUCUUUAAACUAACAAUAGAUGAUUUCGGUAUAUAUAUAUAUUUUUUUUUUGCUUAUUUAUAGGUGCUGUAUUUUAUUAUCUGAUUGUUAGGAAGGGAUGAAAGGGGCAAAUAUUCUUUAGAGGGAUAGACUGCCGGCAGUAUUGGGUAUAAUUUACAAGAUGUAGUUGUCAUACUGUAUAUUACUGAUUGAAAACUUUUUGACCGUAUUGUGUAUCAUUGGAACCUUUGUCUUAGGUCAACAUCUUUGGAUGACAUUUUAAU